GGCGGCACGGCGCGGCGGCCUGCGGCGCGGUGGCGCUGGUCUGCGGCGGGCGCGGGCUGCGGCGGUCAGUGUCGGCGAAGCAUGUGCUCAGGCGGGCGGGCGCCGCGGUCGCUCGCGGGGCCGCGGCGGGCAGCGACCGUGGCCCUUCCACUUGGUCGAGGUGGAGGGCGCUGGACUUGGCAUGGCUGCCGCCCGCGACUUCGCCGAGGGCGAGCUCGUCCUCUGCGAGGAGCCGCUGCUCGCAUUCGAGCUUUUCGGCGCAAGCCCGCGGCAGGAGGUGCUCGCGCAGUUCCAGGCGCUGGCCGAGGAGCGGAAGACGCUGGUGGCGGACCUUAGCGAUUGCUACGCGCUCCCCGGCCGCCCGAAGUCGCUGCACGGCAUCGUGGAGACGAACAACAUUGCAGUCUACUCGCUGGGCUUGGAGGCGGCCGCCAGCGCCCCCGCGAGCGCCCUCGGCGUGGUGGGCAACCUGCUGAGCCGCAUGAACCACUCGUGCGCCCCGAGCUGCGAGGCGAGCUGGACCAGCUCGCGAAGGGCCUCGGGGAGGAUCCAGGUGCGCACGAGCUCGGCCGUCCAGGAGGGUGCCGAGCUGACCCUCUUCUACGAGGGGGGCCUGCACUUGCGGGCUCCCCGAGCGGAGCGCCAGGGCGCGCUGUCCGGCUACGGCUUUCGUUGUGCCUGCGAGGUGUGUCGCCUCCAGGGCGAGGAGGCGCAGCGGAGCGACGAGCGGCGGGCGCGGAUGGGCCACGUGUGGCGGGGCCUCUGCAGCGGCGGUGCGGAGGAUGCGGCGCGGCCAGCGCCGGAGGCUCUGCAGGAGCUGCUGCGGCUCUACGACGAGGAGGGUAUCCUUGCGCACUCCAUGCGCUUCCAGGCCACUCGCCUCGCGCUGGAGGGGAGCACGGCGCCCGAGGAGGCGCUGCAGCUGCACGGGGCCGCGCUGGGGCACCUGGCCGCGUGGCUGGGCGAGGAGCACCCCUCGGUGGAGUGGUGGAGGCGCAGGGCCCCCGAGCAGUAGGUCGGAGGAAGAGGAGGUGCCGCCAUCGCUACCCCCGACUGCACGUAAGAGGGACCCUUCGCCGGAGUGACCUUUCGGCGGCGAGCGAGGGGGGGAACUGAGAAGGAGAAGGCCUUCUCAGAAGGCGGCGGGACUUCUCAGAAGCCCUCGCGCCUUCUGAGAAGUUUUUCUUGUCUUCGGGGAAGGCUUAGAAAACUUCUCAGAAGUCCGGGUGACUUCCCAGCCUUCUGAGAAGACACGCCCCUUCUCACUUCCCCCCCUGGCUCGCCGCCUAACCUUUGCUGCGGGCCCAUCGGGGCCCCCACGAUCGUUGAGCGUUUUGCGAUGGCGGCUGCUCGCGCACUUUGGAUUUGGCCGUGUUGCGCCCCCUGCCUCCGAGCACCCAGGGCCAUUCUUUUGCCCAGGUCACCCUUGAGGCGCAGGCCCCCCGAGCCGUAAGUCCGAGGAGGAAGAGGUGCCGGUACCGCCACCGCCACCCUCGCCCGGCCUUCGUCUCCGGGGGCCCUCCUGGGAGGCCCUCGUCGCCGUCGCUGGGUGCGCCUCGAGCUCCUGGACAGAGCGCAUCCCAGGAGGGUCAGGCGCGCAGAGAUCCCGGGGCGCUGGGGCGUAGGCGCGACGCCCGCUCGCGCGCGCGCGCGCCCGGGCCCGCCCUGGGGGAGGGAGAUCUGCGAGCCUUGGGCGGUGUGCGGCGGCAGCACAGAUCUCCGACGA